UUGCUCUCUCUCUCUCUCUCUCCCUCUCUCUCGCUGCGAUCACGGAUAUCUCCUUUCUGGAUGCUAGGAAAUACUUCCUUGAAAAUGGAGCUUUUGAGAGCCCGUGUAAUCCAUUAAUCUGAGUGGGGAAAGCGGCAGCAGAGAGGCUCAUAAGUGGUCCACUGUUCCAUGGAUCAGACUUCGAAUAUCAAUGUGCAGAUUUUCUCCAGGACUCUGAUACCUCCCAAAGACACUGAUAAAAUCUGAGUACUUUUUGUCAGUCCUGUUCAACAUGUGGAUAAAAACUGACAUGGACUUCUUGUAAAGGCAGCAGCCUUUUUCUCCAGUUGACCACUGCAUCCUUAACUAGACAUCAACAACCUUACCUUCACAGUUUGUUGUCUUCUCUAAACAAAAUGAGCAGCUUUUUUGCUAAGAUGGAUCCUCGGCGCAUCCAGUGGGGUGCCACUUGGUAUGCUUUUCACUCUCGGAUUCUGCGUACCAAGCCAGUGGAGUCAAUGUUGGAGAGUACAGGUGGUGCUGCUGCACCCCAGAGCACCAAGCUUGCUCGAGUACUUACCACUGUGGACCUGGUAUCUCUAGGAGUUGGAAGCUGUGUGGGCACCGGCAUGUACGUAGUUUCCGGACUGGUGGCAAAGGAAAUGGCUGGGCCUGGUGUCAUUGUGUCUUUUAUCAUCGCAGCUGUGGCAUCCAUCCUGUCAGGUGUAUGUUAUGCAGAGUUCGGGGUGCGGGUCCCAAAGACUACAGGGUCUGCCUAUACCUACAGCUAUGUGACGGUUGGGGAGUUUGUGGCCUUUUUUAUUGGCUGGAAUCUCAUCUUGGAGUAUCUCAUUGGGACGGCCGCUGGUGCCAGUGCUCUCAGCAGUAUGUUUGACUCCUUGGCUAACCACAGCAUUAGCAACUGGAUGAUAAAAAAUGUGGGCACACUGAAUGGUCUGGGCAAAGGAGAGCAGUCGUACCCAGAUCUCCUAGCUCUUGUCAUCGCUAUCUUGGUGACUAUCAUUGUGGCUCUAGGAGUAAAGAAUUCUGUUGGCUUCAAUAAUGUCCUCAAUGUCAUCAACCUGUUGGUCUGGAUCUUCAUGAUGAUUGCUGGACUUUUCUUCGUCGAUGGUAGAAACUGGGAUGGUGGACUUUUUCUUCCUUAUGGAUGGUCAGGGGUUCUACAGGGUGCUGCUACCUGCUUUUAUGCUUUUAUUGGCUUUGACAUCAUUGCUACCACAGGUGAAGAAGCAAAGAGCCCCAACACUUCCAUUCCUUAUGCCAUCACUGCCUCGCUUGUGACUUGUCUGACCGCAUAUGUCUCGGUUAGUGUGAUAUUGACACUCAUGGUGCGCUACAACGACAUUGAUGCAGAGUCACCCCUUAUGGAAAUGUUUGCAGUCCAUGGCCUCAUGUUUGCCAAGUAUAUUGUGGCCAUUGGCUCCAUUGCUGGUCUCACUGUCAGUUUACUGGGGUCCCUUUUUCCAAUGCCCAGGGUGAUAUAUGCCAUGGCUGGAGAUGGCCUGCUUUUCAGGUUCCUCUCACAUGUGAGCAGUUACACAGAAACUCCUGCGGUUGCAUGUGUAGUGUCAGGUUUCUUGGCUGCACUGCUCUCCCUGCUUGUAAGCCUCCGAGACUUGAUCGAGAUGAUGUCUAUUGGUACUCUUCUAGCAUAUACACUGGUCUCUGUGUGUGUCUUGCUCUUGCGCUACCAGCCUGAAAGCGAUAUUGAUGGAUUUGUCAAGUUCCUCUCAGAAGAACACACUAAGAAGAAAGAGGGAAUCCUAGCUGAAUGUGAAAAGGAGGUAUGCUCUCCCAUGAGUGAGGGAGACGAAUACAGUGGUCCACCAACAAACACCUGUGGGGCAAAAAACCUACCAUCUCUUGGAGACAAUGAGAUGUUGAUUGGCAAGUCUGACAAAACCGCAUACAAUGCCAGCCACCCAAAUUAUGGAACUGUAGAUAUGACAUCAGGUAUUGAAGCAGAUGAGUCUGAGAAUAUCUAUUUAAUCAAACUCAAGAAGCUUAUAGGUCCUCGUUAUUAUACUCUUAGGAUACGCCUUGGACUCCCCUCAAAAAUGGAUCGCCCCACUGCUACCACAGGGCGGACCGUCACCACUUGUGUCCUGUUGCUUUUUAUCCUGCUCUUCAUUUUCUGCUCUUUCAUCAUUUUUUGUGCUGACUACAUUUCUGAUAACAGCUGGUGGGCCAUUCUCCUAGUUGUUCUUAUGGUUUUGCUGAUAUGUGCACUGAUAUUCGUCAUUCUGCAGCAACCCGAGAACCCCAAGAAGCUUCCCUAUAUGGCUCCAUGUGUCCCUUUUGUGCCAGCCUUUGCCAUGUUGGUCAACAUUUAUCUCAUGUUAAAACUGUCAAGCAUCACUUGGAUCCGCUUUGCAGUAUGGUGUUUUGUUGGUGUGCUCAUUUACUUCGGCUAUGGCAUGUGGAACAGCACACUGGAGAUUACUGCCAGAGAAGAAAUUCUCCACCAGAGCACAUAUCAGCGAUACGAUGCAGAUGUGGAUGACAGCUUCACUGUAGAUGAUGGAUUCUCCUAUCCAGAAGAAGGAGAUGGACAGUACCAGGACUGGGGCCCACCAGAGGGCAAAGCUUAUCACUAUCAGCAGCAUGGCAUGCCAAUGAGUGCAGACAACAACAGGACCUCGCACAGCAGUAAAUCCAAAAGCAAAGGGAAAUCGAGUCGUGAUUCCGAAGCUCUCAUAGCAAAUGAUGAGUUAGAUUACUCGCCUGAGUAAGAAUGUAUCUGAAUGUAUUUAUUAGUGUUUAAUGAACCCUUGGAUGGAAUGUUUUUUCUUUAUUUAUUUUCUUUCUUUUGUUUUUGUUUUUUUUUUUUUGUUUUUUUUGCUUUGGCAGCUGAAGACAUUCUGAUAAAUUCCCACCACCUUAUGCCUUGAUCAAACUAUGCUUUCUUAAUGUAGUGUGUGUGUGUGUGUGUGUUGGUUUAGUGCUAAUUUCAUUUGUAUUUGGACUUUUUUUUGGCCACAGCAGCUCUACAAAUUAUUUUGAUAAUGUUCACAGAUAUCUAAAUGAACAUCUUGCCUUAACAUCUCUUUGACCCCUUGUGCCACUAUCCCCAUAUUAAGGAAAAGUUUGAUUGUGGUAGCUCAGCAUCAGUCAAAUGUUUUUUAUUUUACCACUGGGGAAAUCUGGCAAAAUCAGACUUAAUAACCCCUUAAGUAUUUAAAAAAUGUACACAUUACAUUAAAUACCAGUUGUGUUGACUCCACAACUCAUUGUAUCCUCACCAAGUAAACACCAUUUCAAAGUUCAGUGUAAAAAAGCCCAGAGGACAGCCUUGUAGGAAUUACGCCUGACUCUCAGCAGGAGUGGGGUUCCUGAGAGCAGAUAUUAUUAUUCGGUGCAGUUAGAGAUUGUCGAAAGUUAUACAGCUUUGUUGGAGCCAACAGGCCUUCAAAAAAAAAAAAUAGAGCAAGCAUUUUGAUCUUGUAAUACUUAUAGGAAAAUAAGGAGAAGAAGUUGAGAUGUUUUUCUAGGUGACUUCACCACUUUGAAGAACCUGUACAUCCUGCACUUUCAUUGUAAUUUUUCACAGCUGCUGCAGUUCAAAUAAUCCACACUAAUGUAGCCAAUACAUUUAUUAAUUCUAAAAUUUGCACCGCUUUAAUGAAAUUCAAAAAUAUGAGUCUAUUCAGUAAAGCUUCUCCAUCUUUUCUGCUUUAUUCCCACUCAAGAUCCAAUUUUGUAGGCCACUGUAUGCAAGAGCAGUAGGAAAUGGGGCAAUGCCAGUUAUCCAAAAUAUAGAUAAGAUGACC